AUACUACUUUACUUACCAACCUGAGUAUCUGUUUUCAAUCAGGUUCGGAAGUUCAGGUUUCCGUUCAUCAUUGGAGCUGGUAAUGUGUAUGGUCCAUCAAUAUACCACAUACAAGUCGCAAUUGUACACCUGGUAUCACUGAACACGUAAAACUACAUGGUGCAGAGGCCACGCCGUUUGCGCUCGACUGCCCGGUUGUCUGGCAUAUAGAGGUUAUCACUCGACUCAGGCUCUACUUCUUUGGAUUUAUGCACAGUGAUGUCAGACGUAGAAUCCGCUACCUUCAACAUAAUCGACGGAACGUCCGUCAGUGACGAACAGCUUGAAGCUUCUGCCCAGUUAUUCAGCGACCAUUACGGCGUUUGGGAUCCAAGCUUUAAACCCAAUGCCAGAGUCCGGAUGACCCUCCGGAAGUUGAGGCAGGAAUGUCUAAGUGAUCCAGAUAGAACUGUCCUAGUGACUUGUAGCAUUGGUGACAACCUUAUCGGGCAAGCUUUUGCUGCUACUUGGAAAGUUGGUGAAGAUAUUGUGGGAUGGAUUACGCAGCUCGUUGUCCACAGAGACUAUCGUAGGCGUCGAAUCGCGACAUGUCUCCUCCAAAGAGUGAGAAGUCACCGAUUAUUCUCAUCCGUCACGAUUAUCGGUGUAACUUCCACUCAUCCGGCUACCUGUAACGCAGUGGCAAGUUUAGCUGGUAAGCUUGUGGAACUGGUGCUCCGAUCAGAUAAACUCAAGGACACUUUACGGAUAGGCACACCAAUUGGCGAAGUUGAUCUCGAAUUUAUACGAGAGCAUGGCCCGUCCAUUCUCUCAGUAUCGCCGGUCAGAUACGUCCAGUCUGCUAAGCAACGAGGUGCUCUAUUCCAAGAUUGCCCGGACGAAGGAGUCAUAUCCACUCUUGAUACUGAUUUUCCCGUUGAUCAUGGCGAGCCCGAAGCAGCUUUGGAAACGUACAUUAAUUCAGGUAGAUGGCGUUUGGGAAAACUACCUCAACGACACGAGUACUUGUUAAUUCUACCGAUGAACCCGCAUUAGAUUAGAUAGAGGCAUAGAGACUGUAACUCUGGAUUCAAAUACACAGAGCUCCGACUGCCGAGCCGUGUUCAACUUU